AUGAGUUUUUGUACUGGUUGUGAAGAUCGACCUUAUGAUUUAAUAUGUACAUGUGGUGAUAAAUUUGACUUUAAUUGUAUUCAUCAACAUAUUGAACAAAUUGGUUCUGAAAUACAAGAUAAUUAUCAAAUAGUUUCUGACAAAUUACUCGAAGUUAAUGUCUUACAGAAUAAAGAGCAAGAGAAUGACAAUGCUAAUGAAGCUCGAACAAUCAUAGAUAAUUGGAAACGCCGACGUUUGCAAGAUGUCAAUGAUAUAGCAGAACAAGUUCUCCAUAACUUUGAACAAAACAAAAAUGUUUUCAAAGAUGUUGUAUCAAUUCAAGAAAAAUUUGAUAGAACAUGUUCUUUAUUACAUCAGCCAACUCAUGGAAUUUUAAAUGAUCUUAUUGGACUUCAUCAACAACUUCAACAUAUAACUGAUAAUUAUCAUAAUUCACCAGCCACUAUUCCAGAUGAUGCUAGUUUAGAUGCAUCACUUCAAAUGAAAUUAAAUCCAUCAACAUCAUCAUCAAAUACAAAUAAUCAAGAAUUAAGAAGAAUUGAUAUUGAACCACAACAAUUUGUACCAAGUGAUCCAAUAAUAUCUGAUACAAAUAGAUUGAGAUCACCAGAAUUAACAAAUCAAUUAACAAAUGAAACCCAUACAAUUGAAUUAACAAAUAGAAAUCAUACACAUGAAUUAUUCAAUGUAACUCGUACAAAUGAAUUACCAAGUUCAGCUCUUACAAAUGGUUUACGAAAUGAAGUUUAUACAAAUGAUUUACGAGAUGAAGUUCAUACAAAUGACUUACGAGAUGAAGUUCAUACAAGUGACUUACGAGAUGAAGUUCAUACAAAUGACUUACGAGAUGAAGUUCAUACAAGUGACUUACGAGAUGAAGUUCAUACAAAUGACUUACGAGAUGAAGUUCAUACAAAUGGAUUACCAAAUGGAGUUCAUAUAAAUGAUUUAACAAAUGAAACUCAUUCAAAUGAUUCAACAAAUCAUGAUGAAUUUGAUGCUGGUCAAACACGUAAAAUCCAACGUGUUAAUCCAAUAUUAAUACCUGUAAAUAAUGAUAAAUAUGCUGGUACUAUUUGUUGUCAUAAUAAUCAAUUAAUUUAUAAUGAUUAUGAUCGUAUGACUCGAAGUUCUCGUUUAACUUUUAUACCUAAUAUAUAUGAUCUGAAUACAAAACAUGAUAUUGAUUGGGAUCAAUCUGAUACUACAUUUGGUUCUGGUGAUGAUGAAUGGAUUCAAGAUAUUACAUAUUCAAAUAAACUUUCAGGUUAUUUAAUACUUAAUCGUGCACGUUUACGUUUAUUGAAAGAAAAUACAAAUGAUCUUAUUGAAUUUCAAACAUUUAUUGAUCGUACUAUGAAACGCUUAUCAUGUAGUGAUAUUCAUAUUUAUUUAGUUGUUGCUCCUAAUGCAACAACUUUUUAUGGUGAUGAAAUUGUUCUUAUGAAUUAUGAUAAAGAAGAACAAGUUUGUAAAAAAUUUCGUGAUUUGAUGCCACCAAGAAUGAAUCGAGGAGCUGGACCAUUAGUUGGAGAAAUAAGUGAUUUAACUGUUGUUUCAAUUGACCAAAUAGCAAUUGGUUAUCGUUUGGAACGUCGACAUGAAGUUGGUAUUUGUUUAUUUAAAAUUUUAAAUGAUGGUAGGGAAUGGACAUGUAAUAAACAAUUAUUACUUGAUGAUUGUUGGCAUAAUGAUUUGUCGUAUACGCCAAGAAUGGAUUGGAGUGAAACAUUAAAUGCUGUUAUUUUGAUUGAAUAUAUGACAGGUCAUUUAAUAACGAUUGAUAGAAAUGGUCAAGUUACUGGUGAAAGUCGUUUUAUGCAUGCAGAAAAUCAUCGUGAAUCACCAAUUAAUUUAACUAUAGCAACAAAUAAUUUGCUUUGUGUACGAUUUGAAUCAUCAAUUGCUAUUCAUAAAAUUAAUACAUAA